AUGUCUUCUGAAAUUGGGAAAGAAGUACUUGAGAAGUUACAUUUUGUAGAUCAAGGGCAUUUAAGGAGAAAUUCAAGUGAAGACAUUCAGCACGACGAAUAUCUUAAUAAUAAACAGUUAAUUUCAUCUGAAAUAAUGCAUAUUGUUGAUGAAGGAUAUCUAAAUGAUAAUCUCUCGUAUCAUUCAAAUGUACUGACUGAAAAGGUAGACACUGGAAAAUUGAGAUUUAGACAUUACUCUAAGAGAUUCAGACGAGUGCCAGAAGUAAAUUGCCACGCUUUGUUCAAACACGACUUACGCGAGAUAAGGAGGGCGGACAGGAUACCACUGCUGACAAUUAAAAUUGAGAGAUACCAAAAAAUGACAAGCGACUGUGAAAAUUUUAAAGUAGCUAGAGGUUAUAUAACAGAUUAUUUGACUGAGGAAGAAAAACUGUUUCCGCUUGCUUAUAGCAUUCUUAUGUACAAAGAUGUUGAACAAACUGAACGACUUUUACGUGCAAUAUAUCGACCACAGAAUAUAUAUUGUAUACACGUGGAUGCGAAAACUAGUAAUAAAAUUUUUGCCGCAAUGUCACGUAUUGUAAAUUGUUUCGAUAACGUUUUUAUGCCAUCGAAAAGGAUACCAGUUUUUUGGGGCGAGAUGACUGUCUUAGAACCAGAAAUACUUUGCAUGGAAGAAUUAUGGAAAAGGAGUAAGACUUGGAAAUAUUUCAUAAAUCUAACAGGCCAAGAGUUUCCUCUUAAAACCAAUUAUGAAUUAGUUAAGAUUUUAAAGGUAUAUAAUGGAUCCAAUGACGUGGAAGCAACACGAAAAAGGAACCGUGAUAGAUGGGCCAGAGCUCCAUCUCCCCCACACGGGAUUAUACCAACCAAAGGCGCCGUCCAUGUUGCAGUGAGCAGGGGGUUUGUAGAUUAUGUUUUAAACGACAAGAGAGCCCAUGAUUUAUUGAAGUGGACAAAAUUGACAAAAAUACCUGAUGAAACAUUCUUUCCUACACUCAAUCAUAAUCCACACCUAGGUGUACCUGGAGCAUAUACAGGACAUCCAGAGACAACGCCAAUGAAAGAUUUAAGAAAACCAUAUCUAGCACGAUUUAAAAACCGUGGACGGUUCAUCUAUAACUGGGAAUGUAAGGGUAUGAGAGUUAGAGGCAUGUGUGUUUUUGGGCACGGAGAUCUGGCUCGACUUGCAAAGAGAAGAGAACUAUUUGCAAACAAAUUCUACUUGACUUAUCAGCCAUUUGUGUUCGGUUGUCUAGAGGAAAUGAUCUUUAACCGAACACGCCAACAGUACCUUGGUAAACGGAAGUUCGAAGCCGAGUGGUAUAAAUCUCUCGGCUUUAUCUCAAACAAAGUGAAAUGAUUCAUAAAAAUCGUGUAACUUUUAUUAAAAUAAAAAUUUAUACACUUUUCUCAUAGUAGAACAUGUAGAAAGUCUUUA